AUGAAUAACAUAGCAUUUGGAAAAUUCAUCGAUCACUUUGACAAGUUCUCCGGACCAGAGCGGCCUAUCGUCUUACUUUUUGACAGUGUGAGUAGUCACAUUGACCCAGACAUAUUUCUAAGUGCAAAGGCAAAAGGCAUCGAGUUAUAUAGGAUUGUGCCAAAUGCUACCCACUUGAUGCAGCCCUUAGAUAAGGGUGUUUUUGGGCCAAUGAAAACAAAAUGGCAUGGUGUGUGCAGAAAAUACACCCGAGAAAAUCCAGGCAAAUCAAUUGGAAAGGAAAAUUUUGCACAGAAACUUACAGAAGCAUACUUACAGUUUUACAAACCUUUAACUGUAAUUAAUGCAUUUAAGGCAUCAGGCAUCUACCCUGUAGAUAGCACUGUGAUCACCAGUGAUAUGUUAAAGCCGUCAUUGACUUUCAGUGACAGUGCGUCUGCAGCAACACCUGAGAGUACCUCAGAACAACAAGCAUCUGUGACUGAAGAACAGUCAAAGGCCAGAGGUGCACUAGAAAUGCUUGAAAAGAGUCUCUCAACUCCUGCUAAGGAAAGGUAUGACACAUGUCUGAAGGAAGGAUAUGACUUGGAAGGAGUAUCACCUUGCUUUGAUGUAUACAAGAAACUUCACAAGAAAGCAUUUCCAGCUGCAGACUCUCAGCCAUAUAGUGGUCUUGAACUUCUUGCUGAAGCAGCCAUAUUUCGGAAGGACCAAUAA